AUGCUGGGAAGUCUGUUUCAGAGGAAACUAAAACAUGAGAGACUGGAAGAGGAGCCUGAGAUCAAAUAUAAAGGCCUACUGGUGUCAGAGAGAGACCUGGGAUAUACAUAUGUACGGCCUGGAGGCUCCGACUACUCUCCCCCUCCCCCUUUGCCUCCCCCACCUCCCCCCAACCUGACCAACGAGCACAGUGGCGGCGGCAGCCAUGCCGACCAUGGCGGAGGAGGAGGAGGAGGAGGCGGGGUCAACCACGGGGUGGGCGUGGUGGGCCUGGCCCCAGAGCACAUCCCCACGCCGGGCGCAGCCCUGAGCUGGCAGGCGGCCAUCGACGCCGCACGGCAGGCCAAGAUGAUGGGCAACGCGGCGUCGGGCGGAGGGGCGGGGCUUGGGUCGGGAGGGGGCGGGCCCAUCUCCACGGCCAGCUCCACGCAGAGGAAGAGGCAGCACUACAGCUCCAAGCCCAAGAAACAGGCCACGACGGCAGCCACGAGGCCGCCACGAGCCCUGCUCUGCCUCACGCUCAAGAACCCCAUCCGCAGGGCCUGCAUCAGCAUCGUAGAGUGGAAACCGUUUGAGAUCAUCAUCCUGAUGACCAUCUUCGCCAACUGUGUGGCCUUAGCCGUCUACAUCCCCUUCCCCGAGGAUGACUCCAAUGCCACCAACUCAAACCUGGAGCGUGUGGAGUAUCUGUUCCUCAUCAUCUUCACGGUGGAGGCGUUCCUGAAGGUGAUAGCCUACGGCCUGCUCUUCCACCCCAACGCCUACUUGAGGAACGGCUGGAAUCUUCUAGACUUCAUCAUCGUAGUCGUAGGGUUGUUCAGUGCGAUCCUGGAGCAGGCCACCAAGGGGGACGGGGCCACUCCUAUCGGAGGGAAGGCAGCGGGCUUCGACGUCAAAGCUCUGAGGGCCUUCAGAGUGCUAAGACCCCUCAGACUGGUCUCUGGAGUGCCCAGUUUACAGGUUGUGUUGAACUCCAUAAUCAAAGCCAUGGUUCCUUUGCUCCAUAUCGCCCUGCUGGUCCUCUUCGUCAUCAUCAUCUACGCCAUCAUCGGCCUGGAGCUCUUCAUGGGCAAGAUGCACAGGACCUGUUUUUACUCCAGGGACGGGCAUACAGGUACCCAUGCAGAGGAAAGGCCAGCGCCCUGUGCGCCCAACGGGGCUCACGGUCGACACUGUAACCUCAACGGAACGCAGUGCAUUAUGGGAUGGGAAGGCCCCAACGAUGGCAUCACCAACUUUGACAACUUUGCCUUCGCCAUGCUGACAGUGUUCCAGUGUAUAACCAUGGAGGGCUGGACGGACGUACUUUACUGGAUGCAGGAUGCUAUGGGCUAUGAGCUGCCGUGGGUCUAUUUUGUCUCUCUCGUCAUCUUCGGCUCCUUUUUCGUUCUCAAUCUCGUUCUGGGGGUGUUGAGCGGAGAGUUUUCCAAGGAGAGGGAGAAAGCCAAGGCCCGUGGAGACUUCCAGAAACUCAGAGAAAAGCAGCAACUGGAGGAGGAUCUCAAGGGCUAUCUAGAUUGGAUCACUCAGGCUGAGGACAUCGACCCAGAGAAUGAAGAGGAGGGCAUGGACGACGACAAACCCAGAAAUCUGAGUAUGCCGGCUAGUGAGAAUGAAUCAGUGAACACAGACAACGCCCCCGGGGGAAAUGUGGAGGGGGAGACCUGCUGUACCCGGCUAGCAAAUAGGAUCUCCAAAUCCAAGUUCAGUCGGUACUCUCGGAGGUGGAACAGGUUGUGUAGGAGGAAGUGCCGGGCGGCGGUCAAAUCACAGGUUUUCUAUUGGCUGGUCAUCUUCCUGGUUUUUCUAAACACUCUGACCAUCGCCUCUGAGCACCACCAGCAGCCUCACUGGUUAACCGAUGUGCAAGACAUCGCCAACAAGGUGUUGCUGGCUCUCUUCACCGGUGAGAUGCUGUUGAAGAUGUACAGUCUGGGCCUGCAGGCAUACUUUGUGUCGCUCUUUAAUCGCUUCGACAGCUUCGUGGUGUGUGGAGGGAUCCUGGAGACCAUCCUGGUGGAGACCAAGAUCAUGUCUCCGCUCGGUAUCUCGGUGUUGCGCUGCGUACGCUUGCUACGAAUCUUCAAAAUCACCAGAUACUGGAACUCCCUGUCCAACCUGGUGGCCUCCCUGCUCAACUCUGUCCGCUCCAUUGCGUCCCUGCUGCUCCUGCUCUUCCUCUUCAUCAUCAUCUUCUCCCUGCUCGGCAUGCAGCUCUUUGGGGGGAAGUUCAACUUUGACGAGACUCGCCGCAGCACCUUCGACAACUUUCCCCAGUCUCUGCUCACCGUGUUCCAGAUCCUAACAGGUGAGGACUGGAACUCUGUGAUGUACGAUGGCAUCAUGGCGUACGGUGGCCCGUCCUUCCCCGGCAUGCUGGUCUGCAUCUACUUCAUCAUCCUCUUCAUCUGUGGAAACUACAUCCUACUGAAUGUCUUCUUGGCCAUCGCCGUUGACAACCUGGCAGAUGCUGAGAGCCUCACCUCCGCCCAGAAAGAGGAGGAGGAGGAGAAAGAGAGGAAGAAACUGGCCAGGACGGCCAGUCCAGAGAAGCGCCAUGACAAUGAAAAGCCUCCUCUGGAGGAGGAGAAGAAGGAGAAGAUCGAGCUGAAGUCUAUUACCUCUGAUGGAGAGACCAACACUGCUACUAAGAUCAACAUGGAUGAUUACUGUGGAGAUGAGAGUGAAGAGAAGAACCCAUACCCUGCCAACGAUUACAUAGGAGAGGAUGAUGAUGAGGAGCCAGAGAUGCCAGUGGGCCCCAGGCCACGGCCACUGUCUGACAUUCAGCUGAAAGAGAAGGCUGUUCCCAUGCCUGAAGCCCGUGCUUUCUUCAUCUUCAGUCACACCAACAAAUUCAGAGUGCUGUGCCACAAGAUCGUCAACCACAACAUCUUCACCAACCUCAUCCUCUUCUUCAUCCUGCUCAGCAGCAUCAGUCUGGCAGCAGAAGACCCAGUCAAGAACGACUCCUUCAGAAACCAGAUCCUGGGCUAUGCAGACCAUGUUUUCACAGGACUCUUCACCAUAGAAAUCAUCCUUAAGAUGACAGCCUAUGGAGCCUUCCUCCAUAAAGGUUCAUUCUGUAGAAACUAUUUCAACAUUCUGGACCUGGUGGUGGUCAGCGUGUCUCUCAUCUCCUCUGGAAUACAGUCCAGUGCCAUUAAUGUGGUGAAGAUACUUAGAGUUCUCAGAGUGCUCAGACCGCUGAGGGCCAUCAACAGAGCCAAGGGGCUUAAGCACGUGGUGCAGUGUGUGUUUGUGGCCAUCAGGACCAUUGGCAACAUCGUCAUCGUCACCUCGCUGCUGCAGUUCAUGUUCGCCUGUAUAGGAGUGCAGCUCUUCAAGGGCAAGUUCUUCUUCUGUACAGACAGCUCCAAACAGACUGAGGCAGAGUGCAGGGGUUCAUACAUCAUGUAUAAGGACGGUGAUGUGGGGAAACCAGAAAGAGCUCAGAGACAGUGGGAAAACAGCGACUUUAACUUUGACGACGUCCUGCAAGGCAUGAUGGCUCUGUUUGCCGUGUCCACCUUUGAGGGCUGGCCUGGCUUGCUGUACCGGGCCAUUGACUCGCAUGCUGAGGACGUCGGGCCCAUCUACAACUACCGCGUGGUCAUCUCCAUCUUCUUCAUCAUCUACAUCAUCAUCAUUGCCUUCUUCAUGAUGAACAUCUUCGUCGGUUUCGUCAUUGUCACGUUCCAGGAGCAAGGGGAGCAAGAGUACAAGAACUGUGAGCUGGACAAGAACCAGCGUCAGUGUGUAGAGUAUGCCCUGAAGGCGCGGCCACUGCGUCGCUACAUCCCUAAGAACCCUUACCAGUAUAAGGUGUGGUAUGUGGUCAACUCCACCUACUUCGAGUACCUGAUGUUCACACUCAUCCUGCUCAACACUAUCUGUCUGGCCAUGCAGCACCAUGGACAGACCUAUGCUUUCAAUGAUGCCAUGAACAUCCUCAACAUGCUCUUCACCGGACUCUUCACUGUGGAGAUGAUCCUCAAACUCAUCGCCUUCAAACCCAGGGGGUACUUUAGUGAUCCCUGGAAUGUGUUUGAUUUCCUCAUCGUAAUUGGCAGCAUAAUAGACGUCAUUCUCAGUGAGAUCAACCCAGCUGACUCCUCCUCGUCCUCGUCCUCCUCCUCUUCGUCCUCCUCCUCCUCCUCUUCCUCCUCUCACCCCCCUGUGGUAAGACCAAUGGUACGCCCCGACGGUAACCUCGUCCGCCUCCCCUCCUCCUCCACCAUCCCUCCAUCCCUCAACCUCUCCAUCCCUCCUUCUACUACGCCAUCCAUGGGACUGCAGAACUCUGAAGAGAACGCCAGGAUCUCCAUCACCUUCUUCCGGCUGUUCCGCGUGAUGAGGCUGGUGAAGCUGCUGUCUCGCGGGGAAGGGAUUCGGACCCUGCUGUGGACCUUCAUCAAAUCCUUCCAAGCUCUGCCCUACGUAGCUCUGCUUAUAGUGAUGCUAUUCUUCAUAUACGCUGUCAUCGGGAUGCAGAUGUUUGGUAAAAUAGCGCUGCGGGACAACACGCAGAUCAACAGGAACAACAACUUCCAGACGUUUCCUCAGGCGGUGCUGCUGCUCUUCAGGUGUGCAACAGGUGAGGCGUGGCAGGAGAUUAUGCUGGCGUGUGCACCCAUGCGGCCGUGCGAGAAAGGAUCGACCAAUGAGAACAGCUCAUCCACCGAGGACUGUGGCAGCCAGUUUGCUAUCAUUUACUUUGUCAGCUUCUACAUGCUCUGUGCCUUUCUGAUCAUCAACCUGUUUGUGGCCGUCAUCAUGGACAACUUUGACUACCUGACGCGUGAUUGGUCAAUCCUGGGGCCACAUCACCUUGACGAGUUCAAGAGGAUUUGGGCUGAAUACGACCCAGAAGCCAAGGGGAGGAUAAAGCACCUGGACGUGGUGACUCUGCUAAGGAGAAUCCAGCCUCCCCUCGGCUUUGGAAAGCUCUGUCCACACAGGGUAGCCUGCAAGCGCCUGGUGUCAAUGAACAUGCCUCUGAACAGCGAUGGAACGGUGAUGUUUAACGCCACACUGUUCGCUCUGGUCAGAACCGCACUCAGGAUCAAGACCGAAGGUAACCUAGAGCAGGCUAACGAAGAACUGAGGGCCAUCGUGAAGAAGAUCUGGAAGAGGACCAGCAUGAAACUCCUGGAUCAAGUAGUUCCCCCUGCUGGUGAUGACGAAGUAACAGUCGGGAAGUUCUACGCCACCUUCCUCAUCCAGGAAUAUUUCCGCAAGUUUAAGAAGAGGAAAGAACAGGGGCUUGUGGCCAAGGUGCCCCCCAAGACUGCUCUGUCUCUGCAGGCGGGCCUGCGGACACUCCACGACAUCGGUCCAGAGAUCCGGAGGGCCAUCUCUGGAGACUUGACUGUGGAGGAGGAGCUGGAUAAAGGCCUGAAGGAGCCUGUUUCAGCUGCAUCAGAGGACGAUAUCUUCAGGGUAAAGCGUACGGGCGGCUUGUUCGGCAACCACGUCAACUACUACAACCAGAGCGACGGCCGUGGAUCCUUCCCUCAGUCUUUCACCACCCAGCGUCCCUUGCACAUCAGCCAGAAGGGCUCGCCGUGCGAAGGCGAGAGCCCGUCCCACGAGAAGCUCAUGGACUCCACCACCUUCACCCCUUCCUCUUACUCCUCAUCGGGCUCGAACGCCAACAUCAACAACGCCAACAACACGGGCAUGGGCGGGGUGGCGACCCAGGGCAUCAGUCGAUUCCCAAGCCCGUCCAUAAGCACGGUGGACGGGCACACGGGGCAGCCGCUGACCCCCAUCCUGCUGCCGAGGUCUGCCUGGUGCUUCCCUCCAAAAAGGACGUGUUUUUAUGACACCCUCAUGCGCUCGGACUCGAGCGACAGCCGUCUGCCAAUCAUCAGGAGAGGGGAGGGAUCGACGGAGGAGACGUACGACGAAAGCUACGGCGACGACAGAGAGUACCAUGACGACGACCACUCGCUCUCCUCUGACAUGCUGGUGUAUCAUGAUGAUAAGUGUAAGCAGUUGACUCCCAUGGAGGAAGGGGAAGAGGUAGAAGACAGAAGAGGAGGUGGGUGGCAGUCUCCCAGGAGAGUCUUCCUCUGCCCCACUGCACUGGGGCGGAGAUCGUCCUUCCAUCUGGAGUGUCUGAGGAGACAGACGAGGACAGACGUCUCUCAGAAGACAGCGCUACCGCUACACCUUGUACACCAUCAGGCUCUGGCAGUAGCAGGGCUGAGUCCUCUGCUCAGACGGAGUCACUCCCCCACCCUGUUCAGUCGGCUGUGCUCCACGCCUCCAGGCAGCCCCACAGCCCAUGGUGGCCAUGCCUCCUACCAGCAUGUGCCCUCCCUGAGGCUAGAGGGCACCAAUUCCCACGAAAAGCUCAACAGCAGCUUGCCCUCAGUCAACUGUGGGCCUUGGUACAGUGACAGUAACGGGAACAGCCGAGUGCCCAGCCCUAGCCCCACCCCCAGUGUGUCAGUGCCCAAUCAGAGAGCACAGCGGCCGGUGUCACUCACAGUGCCCUCGCUACUGGGCAAAGAUGCCAGCUCACUGUCUCAUGGCAGCGCAGGCAGUCUGGUGGAGGCGGUACUAAUAUCGGAGGGCUUAGGCCAUUUCGCCCAAGACCCGUCCUUCAUCGAGGCCACCAAAGCCGAGCUGGCUGAUGCCUGCGACAUGACCAUUGAGGAGAUGGAGCACGCUGCAGACAACAUCCUCAACGGCAACACCACCACCACAAACACCACCUCCAACACCUCCUCCAUCUCCCAGCACAGCCCCAACGGCAACCUCCUCCCGUACCACACAGCAGCAGCAACACACAGGGACCGAGCGGUCGGCCUGAGUCCAAGCGAGGGCGGGGGAGAGGCGGGAGGAGGAGGUGGAGGAGGAGGAGGAGGAGGCGGAGUCUCCAUCCAUGGACCCUCCUCGCUGGAGGAGCGGCAGGAGCUGCUAGGAGGAGGAAGAGGAGGAGAAGAGGAGGAGGAGGAAGGUGGCAGGGAGGAGGGGCAUCACAGAGGCUCGGUUGUGAUUGGAGGAGGGCGGCAGAGGAACAGCGGGCUAUUGGAGGACGAGGAUUUGGAGUGCGUGACGAGUUUGUAGGGGUCAGCUCAGCGGAUUUUGAUUGGCCAACUGGCCCCUCUGACAUCAUCAGAGACUGACACUUGUCAGCGCUGGGAAACAGCGCCAUGACUGGCUCUGUCUGUCCCCACCCCUCACACACACACACACACACACACACAUGCACGCACACAAAACACACACACUGUCUGCCUCUCUACCAGAUGUAACCCUCUGGACAAUGGCGGCCAGUGACACAAACUUAAACACCUGAUUAUGAUGAUUUUAUUGGUUUAUAUGAGUGUGUGUGUGUUUGAAUGUUUGGAAGUUUGUGUAAUUAGAGUUUGUCACACUAUACGCUAUACUAUAUGAGUGUAUGCUUGUAUGUGUGUGAUCUUUGAUUCUCUGUAACUGUGUGUGUUCUCCACACGUGUCUGAGUGUGUCUCUAAAGUGCCUCACAGUUUUAUCAUGUCCUCAAAGUGUGAAGAACAGAGGAGCAGAGUCAAGCAAAAAAAAAAAAAAAAAAGACAGGUGGAAGGAGAGGUAAAGGCGACAACAGAAGCAGGAAGUCUGAUCGUUUAGAGUCGACAUGGUGUGUUUAUUGUUUUCAUUUCCUAUGUCUACCUUGGGGUUGUUACUGUUGUUUGUCUGGCCGCCAUGGAAGCCGGGUAGGGGACAGCAGACCAGCUUGACGGGGGGGGUCAGUAAAGGAUUCAUAUCUGACCGCACCCACUCAAGGUCAAAGGUCAGCUCCUCCUUCUUGGCUCACUGAUGAUGAAGCGCUGUAUUGAGCAAACAGGGGCAAGAAACAACCCUGUUUGAAAUCUCAUUUCUCCUCGUCCUCUUCCAAAGCUGGGAACCUUGGAGCACAGCCCUGCCAGCCUGGGGGAAGGCUUAAGCUGACAGACCACCCCCAGCCACAGGGGGGAAGGAUUUGAGGGACGGACCAGCAGCCACAACAUGGCCGCUGUGGGGGAGGGGGGCCACUGACAGAGACUCUUUCUGGCCAGCCAGCUCUUCAACCGCUGACCAACGGGAAGCCAGAGAGAGACGAACUCACCUUGAUCUGGCUUCGCCUCCUCUGCCACUCUCUCCUCCUUUUGCAGCGCUCACUUCCUGCGCCAAACAGGAAACAGGAGGAGCAGCCGGUGGCCAAGCAGAGACUGCGAGCCCCCUUCUCUGCCUCAUACCUCGCCGUUCCUCACUCCUGCCUCUCUCCUUCCUCCCUCAUCUUUGGUUAUUCCACCCAUCCCUCUCCUUCCAUCACUGGGUUGAGUUCAUUUUUGGUUUUGGGCCCUCGCGAGGCUUGUGUUGAACAGGGCAAAAGAGAAAGAGGGUGAAGGAAAGAAGGGAUGUGACAGAUUGAAAGUUUAAAAAAAAAAAAAAAAAAAAAAAGACUCCGGACAUGGAUCUGCAGAGGAUCUGUCCAUCAAUCAACCUCACUUCCCUCUCCGAGACCCUCCUCUUCCUCUCAGCGUGGAAUCCUAUUGGAUAACAACCACACACUCUCUACAGACCACACCCACUAUGUAUUUAACAGUUCAGUAUUGUGCAAAACUGGCUAGCCAUGACUAUUUUGUUUUAUAUUCAUGAUGUUAUUGGUUUAAUUUAUCCUUGAUUUGUUUGCACAAUCGGGGUGCUGGUCCUAUAAAUGUAUUUUUGCUCGGUUUAUUUUAGGAGAAUUUUAAGAAGUUUUAAGUAUCGAAUCCUGUGCGAGCAGGGCGUAGUGUUUGCGCGCGAGUGUGUAUACUACGUCUGUUUGUGUGUGUGUGUGUGUGUGAGUGUGUGUGCGUCUGCGUUUUAGUACAGGAUGUAUGUAUGAGUGCGUGAGAUAGCGUGUGUAUCUAAAAGGGGGUCUCUCUCUCUUAUCAGUAUGCACCUUUUACAGAUUGUAUCUAUUUAUUUAUUUAUUUUUCCCAGAAGAGAAAAAAAUGUGUGUGUGUGUGAGGGUGUGCGUUUGUAUGUGCGUACGCCUGUGUUUGAGUGUGUGUUGAAUUACGUAUUCUAAAAAAGCAGAUUUUAAGCCUAGACAGUAAAUUAAGGUAGCAUUAUAAGUAUGGUUUUGCGUGCGUGCGGCGUGUGUGUGCGUGUGUGUGUGUGUGUGUGUGUGUGUGUGUGAUAAUGGGCCUCCUUAACACAGGGUUACCAUGGGCAGGCAUGCUUCCAAAGCUUUGUGUUUCCUUUAGCACGGUUUCUACUUUUUAGCCAAGCUGCAUAGUGAAAAACAGGUCGAUUUUCAAACAUCAGUCAUCACGGCAAAGUGUUUUCUUUUGUCUCUAUUUCCAAAAGAGUCAGGCCGAAGGUUUCCGGUGAGAUUACAGUGACAGGUUCACAGUGGGGAUGAGCUCCGGUGUUGCAGCUUGGCUAGAAGGUAACAAGCCUUUGGCGACUGCUGCUUCUUGUUCUUCAUGGCGGACGGUCGCUCUGAAUCGUAGAAAUACCAAGGUCACACUGCCACAGUGAUGCUUCAUGAUGGAAUAGCCGGGUGACACCCUGAUUUACUAGAACACACCGGAACACCUGAUUUCACCGUUCAAUCACACUUAAAGCUUCAAAAUGACAUGUCGCGGCUGGCGGACAGACGCUGCAGGACUCUCUGUCUGAGGUCUGCUCGUGUCGCAAAUUGUUAUGAUUUAUUCUCAUAGUUGGAGCUAAGCUAUAAGGAUUACUCCAAGCUGUCAAAGUCGGGCCUGUAUGCUGAGAGCGUGUGUUUGGCUCCUGUGGUAAAUCGACCACAGCACAUGAUUCCAGUUAUAAUUCUAUUUAAGCGACAACGAAUAACUUGAAACCGAGCUGGCACAUUAUUCCUACGAUCUUCCCCUAUUUUUAUCAACUUGUUUGUGUUUGAAAAUUUUAAUAAAACGGUCCAAGAUCAUAGGAAUAACAUAUGUGAGUUUGGGUUUUUGCUGCAGACGUUUCCCAGCAGUGCGUAGUCCAGACUGUACCCACGUCCAUGGAGAAUAGACAGCUUGUCUUUGGCUGUUUAGGUUAAACUCAACAGUCUGUAUGACAGUGGGCCACAGAAAACCCACCUCCACUUCACCAGAUACCGACGCAUGUCUAAUUUUCUCAAUCCAGUGCAAAGAAGUUUUUAAAAAUCAAUUGUUCUUUUGCCAACAUUUUUGAUUAAUGUGACAAAUUAUUGGAUUUAGGUCACAAAAGAGUCAGUUCAGAGGGAACGAAAGUCCUGGAUGCUCCCCUUGUGUGAGUCAGAUAUGGCCUCCAAAUAGACUCUGACCAUUUUUGUUUGAUCGUUGAUCAAUAGAAUUAGGACAAGAUAUGAUACUCAUCUUCCCUCAAAACAACUCACCUAAAGUUAACCAAAUCAGUGCCUCAUCGCUGGUUUCAGUGCCCGAUGGCCAAAUUUACCAUUCCCGAGCAUUGUGUGAUAUGGAAUAACAUGAGACACUCACAUUUUAGAGUAAAUGUUGACUCUGAAGGCUCAUGCAGGCUCAGGAGGGCUCAGCUCCUUGUGGACCAACCAGCAUGAAAAGAAGAUUCCCGGCCACUGUCUUAACAUGUGCAAUAAACUUUAUUGUCAAUGCACAACCUUCAUUAGGAGAGACUGAUUCUCCUGUGAUGAAGGCCUAAGGACCAAAACGGUGUGCACUGACAAAGUUUAUAGCAAGUAGUAAGACAGUGUGUGGGGGUGUGAUCUGCUCGUGUCAUGCAGAUACACCACAAUGAGCAAGGUAUCAUAGAAAAAAAAAAAGAGUUAUUACAUUAGAAAGUCAAUUUAUCCCCUGACAAACUGAAGAAACUACUUCCAAGAAACCACAUAUGUUAUUUCUAUGCCCUUGCACCACUCAAGAAAUUGAUUUUGAGGAUGAGCUUUAAAAAAAAAAAAAAAAAAAAAAAAAAAGGAAAAUACCUGUCAGCUUAGUCUGAGAUACAGUC